ACGAACCGUCCACUGUUAUCAGUGUAUGUGCACCAGAGUGAAUAAAAGUGGAUAAUUAUUAAAAUUAUUACUGUAUUAAAUAUUUUGUAAGAACAAGAUUUAACAUUUCUUGGCUCUAGAGUCUAGACUGUAGAAAUUCAUCGUUCAAAGUUGUUUAAACUGCUGCAGGAUAAUCCGGGUGCAUUCGCAACAAUCCGAAGCCUGGAAGGUUCCUUUAUCAUUGUCCACGGCCAGCUUGGAUCAGGCCAAUCCGUCUGUGGUCUCUGAUUUUUCAUUUUUGUCUUUUUUGUUACUGAAAAAUCGUGCAAGUUGCGUUGAACAGAAGUCUUUCUGUUUAUUUAUGGCUGCGUUCCAUCUGGAUUCAAAUUCCCAUCUUCGACCAUUUUGAGUACUACUUCAGGUGUAAUUGUUCCUGGAAGUCUCCCAGCUUUAGAGUUGAUCUAAUUGGACGUGUAUCAAAAAUGAUGCAAGAAGUGGGAAACGACUCCAACGGGGAAGGCGCCUACGACUUCGUGGCUGAUGCUAAGAAAGACGGAACCCCUUCAGCUGCUUCAUCUCUUCCCUCUCUACCAACGCAGCUUCCACGGCAGCCCCUGUACGCUCCUCCCACCAGCACUACCCUUCCAGGGGCCACCACCUUAAGCCAGAAACCAUCGUAUGAAUUCCCGCCUGGUCUCCAGGGGGGACUGCCCCCCAAAGCCCCUGUCGUUCCCUCUUUCACGCCCCCUAAUCACCCACCCAGAACCGAGCCCGCGAAAUCGGAUUUAUCCGAUUUCCUCAAUGCUCUCCCAGCGGGCAAACCACCGAGCAUCGGACCGGUUGACAGCACAGGUCCGGAUUUGAACGAGAUUUUCGGAAAAGAUGUCAUGUCAAAACUGCCCCCACUACAGUCUCAGAAGCCCCCUUUGCCCAUGAGUUUGGCAGGCAACACGCCGACGCCAUCGGUAAAUCUGGCGAAUACUUUACAUACAUCAUCAUCGGCCAGUAGUUUACCCUAUGGCGGAAAUGUUGGAGUUCCGCCAACAACGAUCCCUCCGAAUCCGUCGGGUAAUCCCGGAUUUUCCGCUUUGCCGCCUCCCCCGACGGGAUUCAGCGCCAGUGGCGGUGCGGUUAACCCAUUUUCUAGCCAGGCUGCCGCCACUCAUCUGCCGUCGUUUUCCGGCCUGCCGCCGUUACCGGCACAUCUGCAGAGCGCGGCACCGAGCAGCGCGGGAGGCAACAUUCCGCUACCGAAUGCAGCGCCUACAGCGGCGCCUUUGGUUCCCGCGCCGGUGCAGAUGAUGCCGGUGGCGGCAGCGCAGUCACCACCCGGGAUGCCACCGGUGCCGCCACCGUUCUCAACACCAUCCUUUCCCGGGCAGGCUCCAGGAUCUUACGAAAGCAGUGGGCUAACGAGCAUUCCACCUCCUUUGGCGAUACCGGCUCAAAGUUCGUAUGGAACGAAUCCAGGAUAUGGCCAGGCGACCCAGGCCAGCUACGAUGUCCAAAGCUAUAAUUCUGGAAAUCAGUAUAAUUCCGGAACACAUGGGCAAGGCACUGGUGGUUCAUCAUUUUCGAAGUCAUGGUUAGCUCAGGCUUCCUUCGACACAAUAAAGAACGUGACCGAGAAGGCUAAAAGCACCGUGGCCACAAUCAUGACUACGCUUGAUCCUCAGCUGAAAAGCUACACGGGAACUGCUCCAGGUGGUGGUGAACAGUUGACAAAGGAGAUAACAAUUUUCUAUAUUGGCAAUGAGACAAACAAUAUGAUGGAUGCUCUAAAAAUGGGAUUUGAAGGCGUUUAUCGGACUUGUUACGUUUACACACGAUCUGGUACGGCGGUUGGGCAUAAACAGCAAACGAGUUUCGCGGAAGCACUCAAUGUUGCGACACAAACUUUAAAUCUUGCCCGUUCGGCGCCACAAUUGCAAACGUCGCCGCUUAUUGCUGUGGAGCCUUUCGUAGUGGAAUUAUUUCCCGAAAAUUGGUAUGUUGGAUCGUGCGUUGCACUGAGUAUUCCCGGUGGAGCACUGCUGCACGUGUUCACGCAGCUAAGUCAGUUGCCGACAGGAUUAAUUAGCCUACCACAAGGAAUGACCGUGCUUCCGACACCGUUGGAUGAAAUGGUCACACGCGUCAUACCCAACACAACACGGGACAGUUGGAUGGAACCAGUAACGGGAGUCUCAUGGGGCGCCACAGUAGCCCUCGCUGCUAGAUUACUGGCAGCCAAUUAUCGGCGAAAAUUUUAGUAGUGUAUAUAAUCUUAAUAAUUACACAAAAUUUGUCGUUAAAGUGUAUCUCACAAUGUAGAGAUGAAUUUAAUAGUUACCAUCACAAUAAGCGUUGACAGCGUCGUGCUGCAAGAACGGCACUUUGUUGCGCUCUCCGACAUUUUUAUUGUGAAAUUAAAUGAAAAGUUUUAUUUUUUAAUAAUAUUCUUUUUUCGUAUAAUUGCUUUUUAAUUUAACGGUGCAGUGUUGCUCGAGUGUUUUUUCCAGAUAUUCGUCCGGUAAAUUUUGCUCUGGUUUUUGGAGAGAUCGUUGAAUACUGAUAGAAGGUACAACAAAGUAUGUGGAGAUGCAAGUUUACUUAACAUAACGGGAUUGAUCAUUGAA